CGCACUCCCUCUCUCAGUCUCUUUCUAUUUUCUCUGUUAUUCUCUCAGGAUCAGUCCAUACCUCUCUCUGUCUCACUCACUCUGCGUUACCGGAGUGGGUGCAGGAUUGAGUGCAGAGGAAGUGUGCAGCUCUCCUCCUCCUCCUCCUCCUCCUCUCUCUCCACUUGUUUACUCUGUAUGUCCCACACACUCCUAACUGGUUUUCACUUCACAGCUGCGGCAGCAGUAGAAUGCGUGUGUGUGCGCAUGGAGAAGUGGACUCUCUUGAUCCGGUCUGCAUGAAGAACACAUUCAAUAUGCUGCACGAGGCUGCAAACUGAUUCUCCAAGAACAAACAACAACAAAAAAAGCACAAAACAAGAGGAAUACAGGCUCCAGCAUUAUUCAGUCAUGGUCUGCAGCAUGACGAGCGUAAGCAGAUGAAAGAAAGCAAUGUGUGUGUGUUAGGUCACACCUCCCUCUCUCUCCUGCACCCUUCUUUUCUUCAUGAGGACAGAGAGAUGACCAUGCGAGGCCACUGGUCCUCCAACACACUGGCUGUCAUCUUCCUCCUGCUCUCCACUGCAGCUCUUUCAGCACACUUCCGAGUUUGCGAACCCUACUCUGACCACAAAGGGCGCUAUCACUUCGGCUUUCACUGCCCUCGACUCUCUGACAACAAGACCUACAUGUUCUGCUGUCACCACAACAACACCGCCUUCAAGUACUGCUGCAACGAGACCGAGUUCCAGGGCACCAUGCAGCUCAACCUCACCAACACCUCUGAUGGUUUCACACACAAUAAUUACACCGCUCUGGUUGGUGUGUGGGUUUACGGUUUCUUCGUCAUGGUUCUGCUGGCUUUGGACUUCCUAUAUUAUUCAGCUAUGAACUAUGAGGUGUGUCGUGUCUAUCUGGAGAAGUGGGGACUGGGCGGUCGAUGGCUGAAACAGGCCAGGAGCCAGUGGCACAGUGCUGCCAUGGCGCAGGAGGGAGAGCCGAGCUCAGGGACGAGUCUGAGCCAUGGCCCUCACCAACAACAUCAUCCCAGACAGAGUUUAAGAGGAGAGGUGGAGAGUCCUACCCUCCUGACCUUCCAGACCUCCACAGCAUGAUACUUGAAGCUUGAUUCAUUAGGAUGUACUGUGUAGGAGAAACCAAGACGAAACAGCCACAAAAAGCUCACUGACUUUUCACAGAGUUACUCUGCAGGUUUAUCUCCCUUUUUGUGAUGUGGAUUAUUUUUGUUCUCCACUGUGAUGUUCGGUGAGGAAUCCUACUUAACACAGUCGUCUGAUCACCUGAUCCUUUUCCACGCUACAGGAUGAGCACCUUCUCGGACCGUUCAAGCGCAAAAGCAUCCCUAUUGUAAACAGAAAAGGAAAAAAUGUGUACUCUUAUAAUAUACUCUGAUACUCACAGCACAAGGUGAGAGAGACGCCAGGGUUCUUAGACUGCAGCAAACUCAAACACAAGGCAAACUCUGUAUGAAUGUUCCCUUAUACUUCUCAGCAGGAAAAGCAGAAGAUAUUUUAUUCCUUCAACGAUUGUACUGGUCCUGUAGUGCUUUUUAAGUACAAGGAAUUUGGCUGGAAAAUAUAAUAUAUGAGACUAUAACCAGACAAAACCAAAAAAAGCACAUUGUUCAUCUGACUUUUUUUUUUGUCUCCUAUAAGAAGACAACCAAAAUACUACAUACAUGGGUUUAAAAAUAUUGUUUGAAAGUGUGUAUAUGAUCAGUAUCCACUAUCGCAUUAACAUCACUGGUAGAAAGUGAUAUGUGUACUCUUGCAAUACAGUGAAGUACUUCUGAACUACUGAAGUUGACAAUGUCAGAUAAAGCAAUAUGUCAUGCUAGAAAGUCCUGAAGAUGGACGAUGGAUUUCACAAGUGUGAUUGUUCCUAAUGAAUUACUUGAUUACGUGGUAAUGUUGCCUCAUAGAGCUGUUUUUGUUCUUUCUUUAGGCUGGCCUCCUGGUGCAUUUACAUUGUUGAGAAAUGAUUUGAUUUGGAGCUCUGCAGAGUAAAUCUAUAGCGCUUCACUGGGGUUUUUUCCUUCAGCACAGUACAGAAUACAAUACAAGAAUAUAGAGAGUAAGAAAAGCUGAUACAGUUCUUAUUAAUAUCUCUUCCCUCUCAUGUUAACCUCUGAAACUGAUUUUUAGCGAUUAUAUAAACUGUGCACAUGACAUGAACCCUUGCGUUGGCAGCAAUGUGAAUGCACCGUUGGUAGAAAUCCUGCCGGUAGCUUUAUUUCCCAUGUGGAAAACGUGCACUGACUUGAGAUGAGUUAAUAGGAAUAGUCAAAGCGAGUAGUUAGUUAACCUGCAAUAAAGCACAUUAUUGUGUUGCAUUACAUUGUGAUAGAAAGAACCCUUUCUGUGAUAUCGUUAUCAGUGUUUUAGUUGACUCUAAUCUCUCCUCCUAGCAGCCGGAGACUUACUCUGUGGUACAGUAAUGGGUAAUGAUGAUGGUGAUAAGUUGCCUUACAGUAAAACUAUUGUACACCUAGCACCAGUUGCAUUGUAGUGGCACGUGUCCUUCACUCCAGGUGUAGCGUGGCAGUGCACCUGUCCUUGAUGUGGGUUUUAACGAAUGUAUAAAGUGUUUGGAUUCCGUUUUGUUGUAAUUGCACUUGUUAACUUUUUACUGUCACAAGCGGGAAAAAAAUGAAAAAUAAAGAUCUAUCUUUUGCAGUGUGUUCACAUCUUCUGAGCAAUCUUUCUUUCUUAUAUAUAAUAAUUGUAAACGAUCACCCAUAACAAUAAAACCACU